GAAACAUUGCUAAUGGAAAGAAAGCCUUAUAAGGUCCAGCUGAUCAAAAUACACCUAAAUGCAGCAUAAUGCCUUCAAAAGUGUCAUGUUUAUACCUGUUGACAGUGGUUUGCUGGGCGAGUGCUCUGUGGUACUUGAGUAUAUCUCGCCCAACAUCCACAUAUGUCGGUCACAUGUCUGUGCCUAUACGUAAGGCUGCGAAACCCCCAAAAAACAUCACCUUCACCAACAUCCACACCCGCCCCCUUAACCCACAUGCCUUUGAAUUUGUCAUCAAUGAGCCGAAGAAGUGCGAAAGUGCCGCUCCCUUCCUGGUCAUCCUCAUUAGCACCACGCACAAGGAGUUUGAUGCGCGGCAGUCAAUUCGGGAGACCUGGGGGGAUGAGAGCACCUUCGGUGACAUCCGCAUCCUCACCAUCUUUCUGCUGGGCAGAAACACAGACCCCGUCCUGAACCAGAUGGUGGAGCAGGAGAGCCAGAUCUUCCAUGACAUUGUGGUGGAGAACUUUAUUGAUUCCUACCACAACCUCACCCUCAAGACCAUGAUGGGCAUGCGCUGGGUGGCUACCUUCUGCCCCAAAGCGCAGUAUGUCAUGAAGACCGACAGCGACAUCUUUGUCAACAUGGAUAAUCUGAUCUACAAGCUCCUGAAGCCCACCACCAAGCCAAGAAGGAGAUAUUUCACUGGCUAUGUUAUAAAUGGUGGUCCCAUAAGGGAUAUGCGCAGUAAGUGGUACAUGUCCAGGGACUUGUAUCCUGACAGUAAAUACCCACCCUUCUGCUCGGGCACUGGCUACGUGUUCUCUGCUGAUGUUGCUGAGUUAAUCUUCCAGACUUCAUUACACACAAGACUGUUGCACCUGGAGGAUGUGUAUGUGGGACUGUGUUUGCGUAAGCUGGGUAUACACCCGUAUCAGAACAGUGGUUUUAAUCACUGGAAAAUGGCCUACAGUCUGUGCAGGUACAGGCGGGUUAUCACCGUGCACCAGAUCUCCCCGGAGGAGAUGCACCGCAUUUGGAACGACAUGUCCAGCAAGAAGCACCUGAGGUGUUAGGGGGCACGAGGGCCACUGAACAACUCCUUUUUUUGUUGUUGCCUUUUUCUCCUUUUAAAUCUCAUCACAAUGAGAAAUGUAAAAACAUUGAGGGCUGCUGCAAGUCUCUAUUUUACAACGGAUGUUUUCAUUAACAUUCAUUUAUGUCUAUUUCCGCUGAUAACACCUCACAACUGUUAAUGAAUGCAUGAGGCUUGUAAAGCGCGUAUUCUCAUGCAUAAUUAAAAUGUGGUGUUUGUUACUGAAAGACAUUUGGUCCAUGUAUUCCAGGUACAACUUUAAUAUAGAAAGUUCUUUAUAAGCAUUAAGUCAAUCAGCAUUUAGCAUUACGUAGUGUGGCCUAAUGGGUAGAGAGACUCCACUUCAACCAGACAACGUUGGUUCAAGCUCACACUCACAACCUUCUGCCCUGCUAAAGUGUCCUUGAGCAAGACACUGGAUCUCU